GCUGUGGGUGGAGAGGCGGCUCCAGUGCCAUGAGCAGAGCUGCCAGCCCCAGCCCUGACAAGGUCUGCAGCGGGAAUCAGAUCACUUCCUCCUUCGGGGCAGCUGAACUGCAUGAAGUGUGAGGCCCACCUGAGUUGGCACAGAAGCAAGGCCAGGGGGCUACGCAGCAGGCAACGGCGCCCUGUUCUGUGGUAUGCCAACCUGCUGCACAUGGAGUAAGUCAGGAGGCGAGUUUGGUGGUCAGUGACCAGGGAAUAAGAAGGAAGUGGCUGGGGUUAAGAUGCCAGACCCUGGCCAACGGGUUCGUAGUGGGUGUGGGGGGAGGGGGGUACGGAACAAGGAAGUGUUAUUCAGCCCAGAUCCCCCUGCUCCUCCCCAGCCCCACGCCUCUCUGCCCCUCCCCUGGGCUGCAGAAGCUCUGAGCAGAGUUGCCCUCCCAGCCAGGCCCACUUAUCUCGGCUUGGCCAGAGCUCUGCUGACAAUCCAGGGCAGUCUCAUGUGACCCAGCCCCGCCACAGAGGAGGGGCCUCAGGUGAGGCCCAGGCAGCCCAGGAAGGUGGAAGGCAGAGGACCUGCCCCUCAGCUGCUCUCUCCUGCCCUGAGGCCGUUUGGUAAACCGAGGAAGGAUGAGGAAAUAGAGCAGCUAGACUGGGUGUCAGGCCAAAGGGAGGGCAAUUCUCCCCUCCCUAAGGAAGUACUGUUCUGCUGAGAAAACUCGUCACCCUGGCAUGCCCCGAGCCCAGCCCUGGAAGCAGCCAGCCCUUUAUUGGCAUGGGGCUGCUCCCUGCUAACACACCCUCUGCCGCCUUCCCCCAUACCUGUGGGCUCUAAUGAGGGCCUGUCGGCAGGCUCUGGGCUGAGUCACCCACACUAGCAACAGGUCUCUUCUUCCUCCACAAUCGCUCCCCACGCCUGCAUUCAGUUAACCAGCACCUCCCUGGGCGCCUCUCCCCCAGACACACUGGGGGCCGGGGAGCUACGCCUGCUGCGAGGCCCAGGGUGGUGGGGAAAGGAGACGGUGUGCUGACACACAAGGCAGGGCUGCCCGCAGACAAGUCCCCAGAGGAAUCUUUGGCUCCCCAGUGGCCCUGGGGUGUUGGCCACGGCUGCCUCAGCUCCUGCAUGCGGAUGCUGCAAUUACCUGAGCAUGAAACCCAGCUUCCCACCUGCCUGAGUCAGCUGAGAACAACACACCUCCACGCCACCCCGCCACCCCAGCGCAGCCAGCAGGGCACGCAUCCGAGUCGGGGAGCCACGGGGGACAGAGGCAGGGCCACGGCCAGAGGGGGAGCUGGGGCCGAGGCCGCUCCUGCCACCUGAGAAGAUUGAUCCCUCACCCCCCGGUGCUCCUCUCACUCCGCUCCAGUAAGUGCUGCUUCUUCCUCUUGGGGUUUUUCCACUGCCCUAUCAAGUAGCCGGCCACUCCCGUGCCUCUGGGAAACUCCGUGCCAGCAGCGCUCGGCCUCUGCUGGCCUCUUCCCGGGCCGUCGUCUCACCCGCAGGUGCUGGCCUGAGGUCCGUGCUGAGCAGAAAGCUGGAGGCCUCUGCGAGGAGCCCACGUGGGCUGUCUCCCGUUUCUUGUUCGCUGCUCCGGCAGACCAAGCGGCCCCUCGCCGCUGCGGAACUGGACUUGUAGGUGCGCUGGCUCCCUGUCCCAUGGAGACCUGGCGGAAAGGCUCCUUCCGCAACGUCUCCUUCCUCAAGCGGCUGAGCCUGAGGCGGCCUCGAGGACUCCGGAGACAGGGCAGUGUGCUGAGCCAGGCCAGCACGGCUGGCGGGGACCAUGAGGAGUACAGCAACAGAGAGGUCGUCCGGGAGCUUCGAGGGAGGCCGGAUGGCCGGCGCCUGCCACUGUGGGGGGACGAGCAGCCCCGGACCACCCUUCUGGCCCCACCCAAGCCCCCUCGCCUCUACCGAGAGAGCUCCAGCUGCCCCAACAUCCUGGAGCCGUCACCUGCCUACACUGCUGCCUACUCGGCUACCCUGCCCUCGGCGCUCUCCCUGGCGGACGCCCUCCACGAGUACUCCGAGGAGGACCUCGUGGACACGCCCCCCUUCCCGCAGACACCUGCUCCGGACCUUAAUGACCCCUUCUUCUCCUUCAAAGUGGACCUGGGGAUUUCACUUCUUGAGGAAGUUCUACAGAUGCUGAGGGAGCAAUUUCCCAGUGAGCCCGGCUUCUGAAUGGGGUGAGGGCGGGCAGAGCUGUGGUAACUGGAAGAGACGAAAGCCUGGGGACCCAGGACAGGAAGGUAGAGUUGUGGAUUAAGAAAAAGGUGCGGGUGGGAAUCCAGGGCCCUGCCUGCCCUCUGGGUCCUUAACAGUCCUCCAGGUCCCCCGAGGGGAGGGACAGAGGUGUGGAGACAAGCCGGAAAUGUGAGGGGCACUCGCUGUCAAGAGCUCUGAAGGCAGCAGCGAGGCUGGGAAAGGGGCCACACGGGCAACUCCAGGGACCAGGCAGAGGCCAGCAGAGGGGGUGGGUGGCACAAGGGGCAAGUCAGGGAGUGGAGGACACACAGACUGGACCCCGCUGAAGCUACUCUCCACAGCGAGAGGUUACAGGACAGGUCUAGGCAAAAGUGGUCCAAAUCAGACCUAAGGGGAGAGUGGGAAGACUGAGGGAGGAGGGAUGGGACAGGCUUGACUCUGUCCAGUGUAGCAGCCACUAGCUGCACGUGGCUGUUUACAUUUAAGUAAUUGAAACGAAGUAAAAUUAAAAAUUUAGUUCCUCAGCUGCACUAGCUGCAUUUCAAAUGCUCAAUCGCCACACAUGACCAACGGCUGCCACACUGGACAGUGGAGGGUGAACUUUAUUAACAUCACUGGGGAAAGGCCGACUGGGCAGUUAAUAGGACCACAGUGCCCCUAGACCGAGGCCUUGAGCAGCAGUGGCAUGGGGGAGGGGAGCACAGGGGCCUGCACGGGAAGGGAGGGGCUGGCAGAGGAGAAGGGGGAGGCUCGGAGACACACACAUCGUUAGGAGAGGGGGCAUGAGAGGCUCCAGCUGCCAACACAGCUGCCUGGAGCAGCCCCUGGGGCCUGAGGAAGGUGGGUCCAGGGACUGCCAGCUGAAGGCACAGACACAGCUUGAGGGCGAUGUGGGUAGCUCCCCGAACUAUUGCUGAUGGGAGCCCUUGGGAAAUGCAGCAACAACAGUGGCAGAUUUCCCUUCAUCCUUCCCCCAACAGGAGGACCAAACCAGGGGACGGACAGGGAACCCAUGGCUGUCGCCAUGAAGAGGCACAGCUAGUCUCCAGAAUCCUCCACCAGGACCGGAGCUCUGCCUAAGCCCUCACCCAUGGGGCCUGCCACCCGGGCCAAGCCCCUGCUUACGGCCACAUGCUGUGCUAUUGCUCCACACUGUGGCUUGGCCAGAAGACUUGAAACUGGAGCUCAGGUUGGCUGGGCCAUGUGGUUCUGAGAUUCCAGGCGUGAAGAGAGAGGGAAGCUCGACACACACUGCUUCCACCACCCAAACUGUGGCCUCCAUCUCCCUUCCUCCUGUGGACGUGGCCAGAGGAGGCUCCUCCCCGGAUGCAGGAGACAGUAAAUAAAGUUCUAUAUCA